AUGCUGCCACCCUCUGGGCUUACCCCUCCCAGCUACGAUGCCUUCUUGGUUGGGGGCAGCGGCAGGCUACGGCACAAGCGGCGGCGGCCGCCUGGGUACAUGCUGUCCCGCCGUGACAUUCGUGCCCGCUCCGGCGUUGCCAUCUGUGCCGUCGUGGCGAGUGAUGCCGAGGUCGAGGAGACGGAGCCCACAAGGGCUUGGCCUGCUUGGCCUGCCGGCAUGGCUGCUGGUUCCCAUGCGAGACGGAGGCGCGAGGAUGGAAUCGCCAUGCUUGGCCUCUCGGCAGCCUGUUCGUCCCCAUGCAAGACAUAUUGCUCGCGCGUUGCGCCACCGUCGCAUUCUUUCGCCCUUACUGCCUCUCGUGGACGCCCAGCGGCCCAUGAAACCGCGGCCAUAUCCAUCUUUCUAGGGGGUGGCCUCGCUCGCCUAAGCACGGGCGGAACGGUCGUUCACAGCUGCGUGCCAGCCAUCAUGGAAUCCCUCCCCCCUCCUUCGGGCCCUGGCCCCGCCGUUCCAUACCAACAAGACGGCUCCCCGCCAAGUUCCCCCGCGCUCGCCGGGAACUCGUCGCCCGCUUCCCCGGGGCGGCCCAGGCCUGCACCGGCUGGCGAUGAAGGCACCCUCCCCCCCUGGCCAGGCGGGGCGGCCAAAGGAGGGAUUGUCGCCCCUUUGGUUCCGUCUUGGGGGUGGUGCCGCGUUGCCUCCUCGGCUGCUACAGCCGCGUGCGAUCGGGGUCGGUUAGGGUCGGGGCUCGCCAAAUCACAUUGCGAGAGCACCAUGGCGCGGGCUACGUCCAUAUCCCCUUGGCCCUAUCCCCUUGGCCCCCUGCUUACCGGCGUGCGCAAACCCCUCCUCUCGCCUGGCAAAACUCGCAUUUCCGCCAGCCAUGCGGGCCCUCGCACCCCAUCAAGGCCGCGGCGACUGUCGGCGGCUGCGGACUGCCUCACAGCAAACAUGUCCGGGGGGCUGGCUGGGCCAGCUGCCAAGAGUGACAGCCUUGGAGGUUCAGUGAAGACGGAUAGCAGCACCAAGCUUGCAGUGUGGCGACCAUGCAAUCUAUCUCCCAAGCCAUGGCAAACCCAGAUCGAGUUGACGCCGCUGGCCAAAGGUGGCCCCAGGGCCAAGAUGGAUUGGCCUGGAAUCUCUCUCGCGACAUGUUCGCUUGACGGAGGCGACGGGUUCCCUUCUCUUGCCCCUUUUGUGCCUCGACGUACAAGUGACUUGUCACAUUUCCUCCCGGUAUUGGGUGCCGAGCCUGGUGCAACCGUCGUGCUCCCACAAUAUACCACCCUCUUGAUGCGCUCAUACACACUCACACACGGCACCCUCGAAAGCCUCGCACAGCAGGCACAACGAAUCAUGUCGGCCUUUGCAAAAUCAGAGCCUCUCCUCACCGCACGACAGAGGCAACAUUGGCGGCAGCACGGCGCGGAAGACGCCGAGGCGAACAACGUGGGGCGCACAUGA